AGGACGGAAUAGCCCUCGCAUGUCGGAGAGAAGAAAAGGACAGAAUGGCAUCACGUCUCUGGGCUGAAAGGCCUUGGACACGCAGAUGCUGCGCCUCGAGUCUCGCCUGGAACCAGGCCUUGAAGCCGCUGAUGCCCACCCUCUGCCUGGUGGUGGUCUUCGUGUAUGGCCUGGCCGACAAGCUCCGCGCCUUUGUGGCCGGCAUCUUCAUCCCCCAGUACCACUACCCGUACGUUGUGGGUCUCUGCUUCGGACAGGCUCUAUUGUCCGUGUCCCUCUGCAAUCUGCUGCACGUCCUGGGUGUGGCGCCGCUGAGGCGGUACAGUCGACCCCUGGGCGAGCGACUCCUGGUGCCCUCCAUCUGCAGCAGCGUCCACGCCGUGCUGACCACGUGGGCCCAGGUCAGCGGCUCGCACGCCGUCCUCUUCCCCCUCGCCCGGCGACUGCUGCCGGUGGUCACCGUGGGCCUGAGCUUUGCGCUGAAGGUAACGGCGCCGCCUUCAGGCCACGCCUCCGUGCCGGUCUCCAUCCUGACCGGGUGCUCGCUUGUCCUCACUGCCCGCCAUGGUCCACUGGUUGUGGAAGCCCUGGAGUACAUGUACGCCCCUCUGGCCGUCAUCCUCCUCAGCCUUUCCCUCACCUGGCUGUCCAAAGUGUCCCAAUGUGAGCGCCGGGCGUCCUCUUUGGACAUCUUCUACACCCAGCUGGUCAACCAGUGCUGGCUGCUGGGCCUCCUGUGGACGCUGCACCCGGACGGACCCCUGCUGGUGCUAAGUCGGGCCAGCUGGCACAGCCUCCUCUUCCACGGGUACCUGCUCGCCAUCCUCCUGUUGGGGACGCUGCUCGACUUGGCGCUCGCCAUGACGGCGCUGUGCAAGUCUCCUCUGGCUGCAGGUCUGUUGCAUGCAGCUGCAGAACUGAUGCAUCCUCUGGUGGAGCUACUCUUAUUGAUAUAGUGAUGGUAAAUACCUUAGGUGGUGCUCCAAACGCUUUGUAAUACAUCAUGUUUUUUUUUUUACCACCUCAGGAAACAUAAUGACAACAUUCAAAUACAAGAAUGUCGUUUAAUUAACAAGUAUAUUUAUUUAUUUCGGGCCACUGUAACAAUACAGAGCGUUUGAACAGUAACACUGUUUAAAUAUAGGAAAAUGAAACGCUGUCCUUUAAUCAAGUGAUACUUUGACGUGCCACUAGAUGGCGCCUGUUCCAUGGUUUAGGUCAAGUGGCCCAAAUCAGACUUUUUUAAAUCAAAUUUUUUCCAGCUGACUUUUUAUAUUGCAAGUUUUUUUUAAAUUUUUUAUCAAACUCCAGUGUAAAAGUGCACGUCAGAAACAAGACAAGAUUUAUUUUAUGAAAUAGUUCAGGCAAUCUGCAGAAUAAACAAAGUGGGAGGUGUUGAUGUGCAAAAUCGUUAUUUUCAAAUUAAAAUUAUUUAUAAAUUCUUACCCACGGGGAAAAUGUUAAAAUGAUGGAAUAUGACAGAGUCAGAUGACUGCCCAUUUUGUUGUCAGGAGUCUGAAUCCACCCUGCAUUUGUUUUGGUAUUGUCAUAUUGUGUCUUCCUUUUGGGUGGAAGUUGAAAAAAUGUGUUUAAGGAUUGGUUUGUUUAUGAAGCUUGAUGUGGUUUCUGUUAUUUUGGGAGAGUUCAUUGACAUCCAUCCAGGC